UACGCGGCGUGUGCCAGCCAAAGGCGAAAAUCGUCAUGCGAAGGGGAAGGUGGUCGGACGGCCAUCCUUACAGCAUUUUAGACUGAUGAACAACGUCCGCAUGCUGCUGGCUUUGUUAGCCAGUGGCCCAUAUUCAAGCUUAAUCAUUUUGACAUUUUCACUGCAUGGCAAGAGGAGAGUGGUGGUGGUGGCGGGGGGGAUCCCUUUUUUGGCCCGCGGUGCAGCAGCGAACGAAAUUCAGAUUCGGAAUUUGAAUCGGAGGAAUAAAGGGAAGUUCGCCAAAGCGUGUCUUUCGCUCGUGUGGCAUGUGGCACGGCAUUUGUUUAUGCCGGCUGACCUGCAAGCAAAAAAAGUGAGGGGGCGCAAGCGAGAGCGAACGAAAGAGAGCAUUUCCCCGACGAGUCCUUUUUUGGCAGAAUACGGGGGAAAUUGCUGUGUGUGUUUUUUCAUCGCUCUGCAACGCGGUCGCCCUGCAGAUUACGUCAAACGGAAAGGAAAACCCGUUAGCCGAGCUCAGUCGCCGACGAACCUUAGAACCGAACAGUCGCCAUGCGAGUGCACGUACGUACUAGUGGCCCAGUGUGUCUUAGUGUGAACCAAAAGUGAAAAACCACCAGAAAUAUGGUGAAAAGCGGUGGAAAACAUUGAAAGCGGCCUGAAAAGGCUAGAAAAAAUAUCGUAGAAACGACACACUCACACACACACAGGCGUACGCGUGUUUCUACCAGCACAAGUGCAUUCAGUGCGAGGAAAAUUCUUCAGCGCCCAAAAAUAGAGUGAAAUGUGUGCUGCAUGUUGUUGUUGUUGCUGCUGCUGGGGGGAAACUAACCUACAUUUUCGCGCUCUUUCGCACGCUUUCGCAUACACACACACAAACACACACUGGCAGGGAGGCCCUUAGGCUAUCUCGUUCGCUCUCACUUACAGGGCCGCAAAAGAAAUCAACAGUAAAUUGUAAUAACACUUCUCAGUCCGCUGGAGUGUAAGCAGGAGUAACAACAACAACAACAACUGAAUCGGGUAUAGUGAUUGGGCCAGUGUUGGGAAGUGGAUGUAGAAAUGGAAUUAAAAAUGGAAGUGGAAGUUUAAGAGUGAAAAGCAAGUGCAAGAGUGUGUGUGUGCGCGUAUUGCAGGCCCAAGAAAGUAAAAUACGAAAAUAGAUAUAGAAAUAGCCGUAGUGAAAGCACACAAGCGAUUACAUAAAGCCCAGCUAUCAUCCCGAACAUCCAACAACCAGAAUAACAACUGCAGCGGGUAUAGUAAACAACCUAUGGCCAAUGUUUAAAGACGCAUUCGCAAAAUGUAAAGCAAUAAUCAACACAACAAAGCCAAAGCUCACAAUAGAAAUAGACGAAAGUGAGGAGGAGCGAGCAGACGUCGAGCUGAGGCGAUGCCAAAUGCCAUUAUUGGAAACGGUCGUAGUCAUAAGAUUUGCAUAGCAUAGCAAUAGCAACAGCAAUAGGCAUCAUGAAAGCCCCCAGCGUGAUAAGCACUACAACAACAACAACAAAAGAAACAGCAUUAGCAAUAGUAAAUACUACGCACAAAAUGGUUAACAAAGGGAACGGUGACAAUAUUAACGGUAAACUGAGCGAUCCGCUCGCCUGAAAAGUGAGACAGACAUAUGAGCAGUGUUCGAAAAUCGAGUGAGAAGCCAAGAGCUACGAGAGAGAGCGAGAGCGAGACAUGAGGCAGCCCUAAGGACCUCGACGAAGGACGAAGGACCAACAGCAUCAACCAACCAAACGACGACAAUCAGUCAAGAUGAGUGAUGAUCAAACGCUGUCCAACGAUGAGAAAGCUGUCGCCAAGCACCAGGUCGUUGCGUAUACGCAGAGGUCGCAGGUCAAGCACGAGAACCGGCACAUCCAGCUGGUGCGGGAGUACGGCUUCCAUCCGCGCACCAAGGCCUCCGUGGAGGACGGCGACGUGCUGCCCCGCAAGUUCGAACCCUUUCCGGAGCACAUGUACGGCAAGCCGCUGGAGGAGAUUGACACCUUCAUCUACGAGGAGACCUUCUGCGUGGUGUCCAAGCGGUUCCGCAAGAACUACAUCCAUCGCUUCACCGGCACCAAAAGCCUGUUCCUUUUCUACCCAUGGAGCCCGGCACGGCGCGUGUGCGUCUAUAUCGCGACGAACCAGUUCUUCGACUACUGCGUCAUGGCCACCAUCCUGUUCAACUGCAUCUUCCUGGCCAUGACGGAAACGGUGGAGGAGGCGGAGUACAUCUUCCUGGCCAUCUACUCCAUCGAAAUGGUGAUCAAGAUCAUUGCCAAGGGCUUUCUGCUCAACAAGUACACGUAUCUGCGCAACCCCUGGAACUGGCUGGACUUUGUGGUCAUCACCAGCGGCUACGCCACCAUCGGCAUGGAGGUGGGCAACCUGGCCGGGCUGCGCACCUUCCGCGUGCUGCGCGCCCUCAAAACGGUGUCCAUCAUGCCCGGAUUGAAGACGAUCAUCAACGCGCUGCUACACUCCUUCCGCCAGCUGGCAGAGGUCAUGACCCUGACCAUCUUCUGCCUGAUGGUCUUUGCGCUCUUCGCCCUGCAGGUCUACAUGGGCGAGUUGCGCAACAAGUGCGUGCGCCAGGUGCCCACCGACUGGACGAACGUCUCCCAUGCGGAUUGGCACAUGUGGGUCAACGACACCGACAACUGGCUCUACGACGAGGAUGAACUGCCCGUUCUGUGCGGCAACUUGACCGGAGCCCGCCACUGCCCCUUCGAGUACGUGUGCCUCUGCGUCGGCGAGAAUCCCAAUCACGGCUACACCAACUUCGAUAACUUCAUGUGGUCCAUGCUAACGACGUUCCAGCUCAUCACGCUGGACUACUGGGAGAAUGUGUACAAUAUGGUUCUGGCCACCUGUGGUCCCAUGAGCGUCUCAUUUUUCACGGUGGUGGUUUUCUUUGGCUCGUUCUACCUGAUCAACCUGAUGCUGGCCGUAGUGGCGUUGAGUUACGAGGAGGAGGCAGAGAUAACGAACGAGGAACGGAAGAAGGAUCUGCUGGACCAUCGAGACGACUCCACGUUCAGCUUCGAUCCGUCGGUGCUGAACGUAAAGAAACUGAACAAGAACAACAAGAAGAAAAUCGACUCCAGGAAGGGCGUGCUCCUGGCCUCGUACAGCAAGAAAAAGACGCGCCGAAAAAAGGGCAAAGGCGGCAAGGAGGGCGGCUCCGGCAAUGGCAAUGGAAACGGCAGCAAUGGCAAUGAGCCCAAGUCCCACUCUGCCACGCCCAGUCCGGGACCAAGUCCCCGCCACAGCGCCACGGAACGCCCCUCAGCACUCAGCUUGCAGGCGCAGAAACAGUACCAGCAGAUGGAACAGCAGCACCAGCUGGCAAAAGCGUCCGGUGGCGACAGCACCAACACUGCCACCGCUCCCACUCCAAAGGGGCGCAUCAGCUUUCAGGACGCCGGCGGCGGCGGCGGGGGUGUGAAGAAUCCCAACAUGCUGUACCCCUCGGACUAUAAGGGUCAACUCAUCGCUAGCAGCCGGCAGGCGAGCUCCAACUCCAGUGGCGUGAAUCGCGAGUCCUCGCAGGACGACUCCGGGGUGGUGGACGAUCACGAGGAGCAGGACACGACCAACGAGCUGGGCCACGUGUCCACCGUGGAGCUGGCCCUUUCGCCCCGCGAAGUGCGCCUCAUCAAGUGCAACGGGAACAUAGCCCGCAUCAAGAACCACAAUGUGUACGCCCUGCACCAGGAAUUCUCCUCGGAGGUGGUGGUGAUCGAUGAUUUGCCCGAUCGAAACUGUGAUCGCUGUGUGCACUGGUGCACCGACUACGAGAGCUGGCUACAGUUCCAAAACUGCCUCUAUAAAGUGGUGCGGGAUCCGCUGUUCGAACUGGCCAUCACCCUAUGCAUUGUGCUUAACACCGCCUUCCUGGCCAUGGAACACCAUGGGAUGAGCGAAAGCUUUCGCAACGCCCUGGAUGUGGGAAACAAGGUCUUUACGUCCAUUUUCACGUUCGAGUGCAUUGUGAAGCUAAUGGCGCUGUCCAAGGACUUCUUUCUGUGCGGCUGGAACAUCUUUGAUCUGCUGAUAGUCACUGCGAGUUUGCUGGACAUUAUUUUCGAGCUGGUAGACGGCCUCAGUGUCUUGCGCGGCUUGCGAUUGCUGAGGGUAUUAAAGCUAGCUCAAUCGUGGACUACAAUGAAGGUGCUCCUAAGCAUUAUAAUCUCAACGAUCGGUGCCCUCGGCAACCUCACGCUGAUUUUGGUCAUAGUCAUCUACAUAUUCGCCGUCAUCGGCAUGCAAUUGUUCUCCAAAGACUAUACGCCCGAGAAGUUCGAUCCUGAUCCAGUGCCAAGAUGGAAUUUCAAUGACUUCUUUCACUCGUUCAUGAUGAUCUUUCGCAUUUUGUGCGGCGAAUGGAUCGAGCCUCUCUGGGAUUGCAUGCGAGCCGAGGAGGAGCAAGGAGCCUCCACUUGCUUUGCCAUCUUUCUGCCGACACUCGUCAUGGGAAAUUUUAUGGUGCUCAACUUGUUCUUGGCCCUGUUGCUCAACAGUUUCAACUCCGAGGAGCUCAAGUCGAAAAAAGAGAUUUUCAAGAAGAAGGAAGUGGGCGAGGAGUCCAAGCUGGCGAGGAGCAUCGAACGCGUGCGCGACCUGAUACGCAAGAAGCGGCAGGAGCGCAAGGAUCGCAAGGAGCGUAAGUUUGCGGACAAGUUCCAGCAGAUCGUACUCGAUGCCCAGCAGGCGCAUGCUCAGGCUCAUUCCCAGCAGGCUGCGGUGGGAGUGGAGAGGGGCGAAAAGGCGGGUGUGCUGGCCGAGACCAAGAUGCACAGACUGAGCUAUCAGGAGUCUAUGAACCGGCCAGUUUCGGGCUCUGAUUUUGGCUUCCAAAUUCCUCUGCACGACGGCCUGCACACGAUUGUGGAUGGCCUAGAGUACGAUAACACAGGAGACUUGCCAGAGCAGAUCCAGCUGGAGGCACAUCCACUGCCACCCACCACAGACUCGCUGCCACCCACCUACGAAAGCGCCAUGAUGGCAGCUUUUCCCCCUCUCAAUGGGAAUGGGAAUGGAAACGGGAAUGGCAAUGGCAAUGGACAAAAUCUAACGCCUUUCAGCCAUUCGGAGCGCCGACUGCAGCACCAAAUCUCCUCUGGCGUGAGCACCCAGCUGAACGAUUCCCGGGAAGAGGCCACCUACACGGAAUCCAUUGAGCUGCGCAUGCUGGGCCAGUACAACUCCACGGACACGGAUCCGUAUGCCAACGACCAGCGCAGCGGCUGUGGCUCCUUCAACCGUGGCGACUCGCUACCCGACAACUCCUCGCAGCACGACGAGGCCUAUCUCAAGUACCAGAAGUCCCUGCUGACGCGUUCUCCCAGCUACCGCAAGUCGCUGGACCGCCUGUCCCAGUCCAGCGGACAGUCGCAGCGAUCGCUGCUCAAGUCGGAGGAGGCGGAGAUGCGGCGCCAUUCGAGCGGUCUUUCGCUCAACUCCAUAUCGAUCGAGCAGGACGAGCUGCUGUCGCAGCAGGGCAAUCUGCGCGAGGAACUGCUCAACUGCGACCAAAAGGAUCUCUUUCAGUUUCUGCAGGAGGACCAGGACGAGCCCAGGUCGAACCUGAGCUGCAUCUCGAAUGCCAUGAGAUCGCGACGUCCCUCCAGUCAGUUUGCACAGCAGCCAGAGAGCGAGGCGCUGAUAGAGCACUCCGAGUUUGACAACAUCAUCCAGAGCUUCGAGAAGGAGCUGGAGGAGAUCAAGCGCAGUACUACAUCCCUGGAGCGCAAGCUUUCCAAUCUGUCGGAGCCCUCGCCGGCGGCCGAUGAGGCCACCAAGGCCAUAAUGGAGCACAUUGCCAUCAUUACGGGCGCCUCGGAGCGUUCGGCCGCCGACGAGGUGGUGCAUCCGCUAAAUCCCUACGACAGCUAUGACCUGUCCAGCGUGCCACGGCGUUCGCAGUCCGUCAGCGCAGCCGCUCAGCGGCAGUCCGUGAAACUGAAGCGGCGUAGUCUGGAGAAGCAGCGCAAGAUCGACGAGGACUUUAGUAUCUCCAAUGAGAUACGCAAAAUCUGUGAUCAAAUUCACGCCCCCUUCGUGGCCAUGGAAGCCAUGGCAGUGGCAGCCACACAGCCUAGCAGUCAAUCGCCCUUCCUGCGGCGCAAGAUCGAUCCGUUCACGGUGCAAUUUGAUCGCUUCAAGCGGCUUUCCCUGAUCGAGCGUGUGGAGGAGCUGCCCGAGGAGGAAAAGCCCAUCUCCACGCUGCGCAUCGAGUCGGAGAAGAUGCCGCGGAAGUUUCUCCACGGACACGACCAGUUGCGAUUGGACAGCCUCUCGCUGAAAAGCACCAAUUCGUAUGAGAAUCUGCUCAUCCAAAAGCAAAAGCUAUCUCCCGCCACGCCGCCCACAUCCUUGAAAUCGAGCAUCGAGCCACCGACACUGGCGCAAAUUUCAUCGCUAAAGACCACCCCGCCGCUGGCUGCUCUCACCGAGCACCAGCAGCACUUUCAUGCCACGAGCAUCCAAGCAGCACCCACUCAGAGUCAGGGUCAGGGCCACAAUGCCCAUGCCAAUGCCCAUGCCCAAGCCCAAGCCCAAGCCCAUGGCCAUGGAUAUGCCCAUGCCCACUCGAGGCGACGUCCGGAGCAUCCACAAUCGACGCUAGACAAAGCCGCAUCCUUCCAGUCCGCGCGCACCGAGUCGCACAGCUCGGGAGCGGCCGACACGAGCUCUGCGGCCCAAAAGACUGAGCUGUCGCAGUCGCAGUCGGCCAACCAACCGCCAGAGUCGGCCAGCCAAAAGCCGACGUCGGCAUUUACGCGACUGACCGAAAAACCAUGGCAUUGUUUGGUUUCCUACGUAGACGAUCUCACUGUCGGUGGGAGACGUAACUCGCAGGGAGCUUACAAUGAUCCCAUGACUUUUCCGAGCUAUGGGGCCACCAAGCCGCCCAAGGUGCCCGACGACUGUUUUCCCCAGAAGUGCUACGAUCACUUCUACUUUCGCUGCCCCUGGUUUAUGAGCUGCAUGGACACGCAGAGCGCGAAGCACUGGACGCGCGUGAGGACGGCUGUCUUGACGGUUGUCGAUACUCCGGCCUUUGAGUGGUUUGUGCUGGUGCUGAUCUUUGCGUCAAGUAUCACGCUCUGCUUCGAGGACAUCAACUUAGACAAGAACAAGACGCUGAAGCGCGUGCUCUACUGGAUCAACUUCUCCUUCUGUCUGAUAUUCGUGGUGGAGAUGAUACUCAAAUGGCUGGCGCUGGGCUUCUCCAAGUACUUUACCAGCUUCUGGACCAUACUCGACUUUAUAAUAGUGUUUGUGUCGGUUUUCUCGCUGCUCAUUGAGGAGAAUGAAAACCUGAAGGUACUGCGCUCGCUGCGCACAUUGCGAGCCCUACGUCCGCUGAGAGCCAUCUCUCGGUGGCAAGGAAUGCGGAUUGUAGUAAACGCUCUCAUGUAUGCAAUACCAUCAAUUUUCAAUGUGCUUUUGGUUUGUUUAGUUUUUUGGUUGAUCUUCUCAAUAAUGGGUGUUCAGUUCUUUGGUGGUAAAUUUUUCAAGUGCGUCAAUGAGAUGGGCGAAUUGCUGCCGAUAACUGAGGUGAACGAUAAGUGGGACUGCAUCGAGCAGAACUACACGUGGAUCAACUCGAAGAUCACCUUCGACCACGUGGGUAUGGGCUACCUGGCCCUGUUGCAAGUGGCCACCUUUGAGGGCUGGAUGGAGGUGAUGGCCGACGCGGUGGAUGCCCGCGGAGUGGACCUGCAACCGCAGCGGGAGGCCAACCUAUAUGCUUAUAUUUAUUUUGUUAUAUUUAUUGUGUGCGGAUCGUUCUUCACACUCAAUCUGUUCAUUGGAGUUAUCAUUGAUAACUUUAACAUGCUCAAGAAGAAGUAUGAAGGAGGAGUGUUGGAAAUGUUUCUCACCGAAUCUCAAAAACACUAUUACACGGCUAUGAAAAAAUUGGGACGAAAGAAACCACAGAAAGUUAUUAAGCGACCUAUAAAUCAUUUUUUAGCUAUGUUUUAUGAUUUAUCCAAUUCGAGAAGGUUCGAGAUUGCGAUCUUUGUACUGAUAUUUCUCAACAUGCUUACCAUGGGCAUUGAGCACUACGACCAGCCGCAUGCGGUGUUCUUCAUCUUGGAAGUGAGCAACGCCUUCUUCACCACAGUGUUUGGACUGGAAGCCAUUGUGAAGAUCGUGGGCCUGCGUUACCACUACUUCACAGUACCGUGGAACGUGUUCGACUUUCUGCUGGUGCUGGCCUCCAUCUUCGGCAUUCUCAUGGAGGACAUCAUGAUCGACCUGCCCAUCAGUCCGACGCUGCUGCGCGUGGUCCGAGUCUUCCGGAUUGGGCGCAUCCUGCGGCUGAUUAAGGCCGCCAAGGGCAUCAGGAAGCUGUUAUUCGCCCUGGUGGUGUCGCUGCCCGCUCUCUUCAACAUUGGUGCCCUGUUGGGAUUGAUUACGUUCAUUUAUGCCAUCCUGGGCAUGUCGCUGUUCGGGCAUGUGAAGCUCCAGGGCGCCCUCGACGACAUGGUAAACUUCCAGACUUUUGGACGGAGCAUGCAGUUGCUGUUCCGGCUGAUGACCUCGGCCGGAUGGAACGAUGUGCUCGAGUCGCUGAUGAUCCAGCCGCCGGACUGUGACCCCUUCAUCCACGGACAAACGAACGGCAACUGCGGCCAUCCGCUGCUGGCCAUCACCUACUUUACGAGCUUCAUCAUCAUUAGCUACAUGAUUGUGAUCAAUAUGUACAUUGCCAUCAUCCUGGAGAACUUUAACCAGGCCCAUCAGGAGGAGGAGAUCGGAAUUGUCGAGGAUGAUCUGGAAAUGUUUUACAUUCGCUGGUCCAAAUAUGAUCCACAUGCCACCCAAUUUAUACACUUCUCGCAACUGUCCGAUUUUAUUGCCUCUCUCGAUCCACCAUUGGGCAUCUCGAAGCCCAAUAAUGUCGCUUUAGUGUCAUUUAAUCUGCCCAUCUCUAAGGGUAAUAAAAUACACUGCCUCGACAUUUUGCACGCGCUCGUGAAGCACGUGCUAGGUCAUGUCGAGGAGACCGAUAACUUCAAACAGUUGCAGGAACAAAUGGAUGUCAAGUUCAAGAAACAGUUUCCAACGCGCAAAGAAUUGGAAAUUGUUUCGUCGACGCGGAUCUGGAAGCGCCAGGAAAAGGCGGCCAAGACCAUUCAGACAGGCUGGAAGGAGUAUUUGCGGCGCAAGCGGGAGAAGGAGCGCUCCAACUCCGGCGACAGUGCCACCCAAACCUCCAGCCCAGGCGGAUGGCAAUCGAAGCUCUCAGCCUUGAACUUCUUCCACCUUCAGGUGAGUCGCCGUGGCACCGCCUGCUCCAGUCGGGCCUCGUCCCGGAAAUCCUCGCGUGCCUCAGACGCCUCCGAUCUCAGCGAACUGGCAGGACCCUGGCUGAAUCUGCCCCUGAUGCUCGUCUCGGGGGCCGAUGAUGUGGUCAAGGACAUCAAGCAGCAUAGCGACGAGCUGGGCAAACGCUGCUAUGAACAACACGACCAACACCACCUCAACCUCCGCCUCUGCCACGGCCUCCUCCACCGCCACAGCCUCCGCCAGUGGCUGUAACCCGGCAGCCACCUGCUCCUCCGCCUCCGACGGCGGAUCCGAACGACACCAGGCGGUGGGGGUGGGACCGCCUCCCUCACGUAAGCGCGCCUCUAGUUUCAUUCGCAAGAAACCGCCCCUAGAAAGAGGUUUGUCAGCACAAAGCGCUUUAAGAGUAAACAAGAACGCUUUUGUCUCCGAGGCGCCAGCCCCCGAGGUGAUCGUGACCAGGCCAUCGCCGGACCAACAGAUGCAUCCCCAUUCGCUCAGCCUGCGACCGGACAAUGCCACGUUGGUCCAUGUCCUGGUGCAUCGCGAGAGCGAGGAGUACAAGGAGGACGAUGAGGGCAGCAGACCAUCAUCGCCUCCUGGCGGAAAUGGCAACGUAAGCGGCCUCGACAGGCUGAGCAAGCAGGCGCCACCGCAGAUACGCAUUAGUACCGGCUCGGUGGAGAGCACCAUGGACACAUGCACCAUGCCCACGGUGCAGAUCAUGGUGGACAGCCCCAAGGAUCCGCCGCGCGGCGACUUCAGUGUUGCGGCGGCCAUCGAGAAUGUUGAUCUACCCAUCGAUGUGAAUGUGCAGGGCGACACAUCGCAGGUGUUCUACGACUACAAUCCGGACAAGUCCACUGGUGACCAUUUGGUAGAGGAGGAGGAGCAGAAGGAAGAAGUGCCGGACGAGCAGGCUCUACCGGACAGACAGAGAUGACCUCCGGUCAACGAUCCGCAGCGGGAUUCAAACAGCAGCAGCAGCCAGAGUAGCAGCAGCAGUAGCAGUGCCGGUGCCAGUGCCAGGACCAGCUCCUCGUCCUCGUCGUCGAUGGCGUCGGCAGCGGCCGCGGCAGCGACAGGUCCCGCAGUGCGGCGUCCUAGUUGACAACCUCCAGUCUGAGUGCGUAUUCGAUGCCGAUUCCUGUGUGCAUUUGUCUCAGAACUCGUAGUUUCUUAGGCUUAGAAAUAGGCUUAGUCAGAUGGGGCGGGGCUCGCCUCUUUGUUAUCAUAGUCGAUUACCUAUAUAAUUAUAUACUAGUCGCUUUAUACGAUAUACAUACGAUAUAUACACAUAUACAGAUAGAAAUACGGAGAGCUAUCCAAAUUUAUACAUACAACAUACAAUAUCAAUCUAAGGAGGAAAUCAAUAUUAACUAUGUUAACAAAAACGUGCAUUAAACCGUUGUAGUACUCGAAUCAAAUCAAAAAUCCGUAGGAGUCGGUAUCGAAAUCGGAAACGGUAACGAAAUCGGAAUUGGAAUCGCCUACAUUAUAUGGUUAUUGUCACAAUCAGAAUUGAGAAGAGGAGAUUUGUCGGUAGUUUACUGCCCGAUUUAGUUGUAGUCGAAUGGGUUGACCCACUGAGGAAAGAAUAGAAUAUGAUAUAAUAUUCUACCUUCUACGUGGGCCGACUUUUUUGAACAUUUUCGAAGGUUGUUUUUGAACUAUACAAUACAUAGAGAUUGGCAUUACUUGCUUACAUUACAUGUGUAACUAACUAUCGCGGUUAGAUCUAGGCUCAUAACUGUAGUGUUUGUUUUCUCAAUUAUCGUCCUGCAUAUACGACGGUAUAUGUGAAUAGUAUCUAAAUACAUUUUGUACAUAUGCCAAAGGAAGUAUUUUAAACUAAAGAGCUAAUAUAAUAUUAAAGUUACCGACAUACGACAUUAGUUAGAGACAAUUUAUUGAAAUAUUUAUAAAGGUUUUUCGUUACGAUAGCGCAUCAAAUUGCCGAUUACCAAUACAAUUACGAUAUCGAAUAUUAUCCAUUACCGAUUGUUCGAAGUACAAAAGCGAAGUAUUAGUAGAAUUGAUUAUUAUUAUUAUGAUUAUUACAUGGUAUUGUACAUAUGUUAUGGCCCAUCCCAUUUCGUUUUCUCAUCCAUCUGUAGAAACUAAGCCAAAAAACCAUGUCAAGUGAUGUACUCAAUACACACUCACGUAUUUAAAUCAAACCUAAUCCCAGUCGGGAUCUAGCCACUACCACUACACUGCACUCUUAUCGAAAUCGUUAACUAACCAAUCCAAGUAAACCCGAAAUCAAUCAGCAGACCUACCUAAGUACCAGCGAGAUGAACUUUUAUAAUUGUUACGCGCUUAGUUUUAGUUUAUUUCCGAUUAAGUAUAGCCGAAACAAUCAAAUUAAAUCAAAUCAAAGCAAAGCAAAGCAAGAUGCAACCAUUGUGGUCUUCAAUGAAAAGAACAACCUACAAGCUUCCACAAUAACUCUAUUUUAGCACAAUGAUUUACAAUUUACACUCGACUUCUUUGUACGAUUUUAAUAAUGGUUAGGUUGGGCCAAGUUUCCAAGAAACUCGCCUUGUUACUUUGUUACUUUUUAAGUGUUGUUCUCUCUUUUAAGUCUCCAUUGUGAUCGCAUUAAGUUUAAACAUCGAACCAGGACAUAAGUUGAGAAGUGAAUAUGAUGUACUCCAAGCGGGAGAAUAUAAACAAAUACCGAUUACCGAAUACUGAAUACCGAAUUACUUGUGCACACUUUAAUCGACGAAAAGUCGAGUCUACGCUACUCUUACUCUACUUUCAUAACUUAACAACAGACAAUCAGACAGCGAUUGAUAGUAAAUUGAAAUUCUAUGGUACCAACUAAAUCGUUUUCUCCAGGAACAAACAACCAAAUGAACGUACACACAACAACUUAAUUGUGAUUUUAACUGCAAUUUUUACACAUAAAAUAAAACAACUAAGGUCAUAAUUUUUAAUUAGAAUUGUUAACAAAGGAAACAAAUCCAACAACAGACAGAAACCAAACACUCGUCAAUUAAGUGAUAUUUAAUAAUGAUACGUACUCGUAUUCGAUUGUACAUAAACGAAAAACGAUUAUGAUAAUGAUAACGAAAUAGCAAUAGAACCUCAUCCAACCACAAAAACAAAAGAAAAAACAAACAAAAAAUUACAAAAAAAAGGGAAGUUUUACCUUUAGUUAUCUUCAAAAAAAAAGAAAAUUACAAAAAAAUCCCGAUUAAAAAGAUAUUACGAUUAGAGAGCGAGACGAGACCAAUCGGAGCGAUGCAAUGAUGUGGGAUGUUUAAUUUAGUCAUAGAGUAUAACGACAAUAAAAUGAAUGAGGCAUAUUCAAUUAAAUAGACACGAAUUCGAGGCGUCAUCGUUAACAAACCAAAAACUAAAGCUAAAACUCAAAUUAACAACAGGCAGGCACACAAAAAUUGGGGUAAUAACAACAAAACGUAGCUCUUAGAUAUUAUCGAACCGUAUCGUACUCGUAAUCGUAGUGGAUCAAGCUAUGCUCCCAGUCAAGUUAAGCCAGUAGCAAAAAUCGAACCAAUCGGAAACGGAAACGGAUACAGAGGAGUCAGAACCGAGUCCUAUGCAUUUAAAGCUCACGGCACCGCAAAGGCAGGACAUUAGGAUGAUGCUGGAACACAUAAAGUACACAAAAAUAUAUACCUAUAUAGUUAGCUACAACGCGGCUGGUUUGAUUAGACAUGCCUUACAGAAUACACGAUUUUAUUUAUAUACAUAUUUAUUGUUGAGAUUAAAGUAUAUACGAACGAUAGAAGUAAAACGUUUCAUCAAAGGCCACGCUACCAGCAGCUGCAGCAGUAAUAGAAGACGAAUAAUACCAUUUAAAUCAGGAGCUAAGAAGCUAAAACGAAUCAGAAGUCGUAGGACGUCGUUCAACACGCUCUGAAAACUAAGUCAAUUAUUUUUAUUUGCCACUUUUAAGGUCCUAGUCCUAGUCCUAGUCCUAGUCCUGCAACAAUAACAGCAGUAACUAAACUAAAGUUAAAUAGUAAUUCGUAUUCUAGCUUUGCUUAUCAUUGCCUGCGCUCAGUUCGCUCCUCACACCACGCUCCAAUGGAUCAAAUCAGAGUUCUGGUCAGUUGCCGCUGUCGGAAGUCAUUUGAAACAAUAAUUAGGCUGAAAAUUGUUAACAAAUUAUGAAAGAUGGCGCUUAGUUUGCAUAAAUUUCCUCUCGGAUUUCUAUUGCCGUUGAUUGCCUCGUUAGCCCUUUAGGUCCGUCAAAUUCGAUUUGGUCCGCUACGCUCAGUUCAUCUCUGACUUAAAUAAACGAUUUAUAAUAGACAACAGGGGCGAUGCAGAAAUAAAUAAAAUAAGAAACCAUUAACCAUAAUAUGUGACUAACACACAUUUUGAACCGAAUCAUAUCAAAUCAAAACAAAAAC